CUAGAUGAAGAUGCGCAGUGGUUCCAAGUAAGCAAAUCAGCAAACUGAUUGCAGCGAGAGUUUCUGAAGUGCUCUUGUUAUUAGCCAUGAAGUUGGAGCAUGACUUCCAUAUGGCAAUAGGGGAAGCAGAGGAUAACUAUGCAAACAACUCUAGGCUUCAGCGAAAGGCUUUGCUCAAGACCAAGCCGGUGCUUGACAAGGCUGUGAGACAGGUGUGCAUGGCUCUCCAUCCUCGAGCUAUGAUAGUUGCUGACCUAGGCUUUUCUGUCGAUGCAAACACUCUCCUCUUCGUCUCCGAUGUGAUCAACACGGUAGCUGAUGCUCAGCACCAUGAUGAGCUCAGGUGCCAUCCCAUGGAACUCCAGUUCUUCCUGAAUGAUCUGUCUGGCAAUGAUUUCAAUCAGGUGUUCAAGUCAGUUAAACAGUUUACUAAGUCGAUCGCAGCAUCUCAUCCCAAGGGAGUAGCACUGCCUCCAUUCUAUAUCUCUGGGCUACCAGGCUCCUACUACACCAGGCUUUUCCCUUGCCAAAGUGUUCACCUUUUCCAUUCCUCGUACUGCCUCCAUUGGCGUUCUCAGAUGAUCAAGGACAUGGAUGAAAAGAUGUCAGACAUAAAUGGAGGGAACAUUUACAUUGCCAAGAGCAUGCCACCAUCGGUGGUGAAAAUGUUCCAAGAUCAGUUUCAGAAGGACAUGUCCCUUUUCCUCAAGCUGCGACAUCAGGAACUAGUGCCUGGUGGGCAGAUGCUGCUCACAUUCCUUGGAAGGAAGAAAGAGGGCGUCUUGGAUGGAGAUCUGAGCCAUCUAUGUGCAUUGCUUGCAGAAGCUUUACAAGCCCUUGUUACUGAGGGCCUUGUGGAGAGGGAAAAGCUGGAGUCAUUCAACCUACCACUGUAUGGGCCAUCCAUUGAUGAAGUAAAAGCAGUGAUCGCAUUGAACAAGCUCUUUGGCAUUGACCAUAUCCAGCUCUUUGAGUCAAACUGGGAUCCCUAUGAUGACAUGGAAAAUGAUGGCAUGUGCAGCAGCCCUCAGCAUGGGGUGAAUGUUGCCAAGAGCAUCAGAGCAGUGUUCGAGCCCUUGCUGGCAAGCCAUUUCGGAGAAUGUAUACUCGACGAGCUCUUUCAGAGGUAUGCACGGAAUGUAGAGAGGCACCUUGCGGAGGACAAUACAAAGUACUCGGUCAUAGUCUUGUUGUUGAACCGAAAAGUAUAGAUCAGACACAGGACACUUGGGGAAUCUACAUAGAAACACUACAAUAUAUAUUUUUAAUUACGCCUGUAUGCUGCUAGUUUACAAUAAGAUUUCCAUCAACUGGUUCUUAAGCUUUUACCGCAGAAAAUUCGUCUACGGCUGGUGAAUUUCAAUUUGUGUGUUUAUUUAAUCCACUAUAGUAUUUAUGCAAUUAUGCAGCCCUCA